AUGGUUUUGAUAGCUGGAAUUGUGACACGUAGACCAUUGGUCUUACAAUUGAUUAAUAGACCAGCAUCGGUCAAACCUCCUGGAUCAUCUCCUACUAAUGGAACAACAGAUACAACAGAAACUCCUCCUUCUGAUAAACCAUUAGUACCUGGUGCAGAUACGAAUCAAAACCCAGAUGAAUGGGGUGAAUUUUUACACUGUAAGUACCCGGGUGAAAAGUUUUUUGAUUUUAAUAAGAUUAGAGAAGAGAUUGUUAGAGAUACGGAAUCUAAGACAGGCAAGAAUGCCGGGAUCUCACCUUUACCG